AAAAAACUUGAUAGAGUGCUGUUUUAACUACGAUGCAGGGAACGCUUCACUAAGUUUUAGCUUUUGGUAUUAUUGUAGCUACAAGUUCAUGUUGAAGAUAGUCAGCUUGAAAGACGCUUAUCUGCCGUUCCUGAAAGGGGCUUGUCCUCCGGUUUGUCAACCGAGCAUCAGGACAGUCAAGUGCAGUUUGAGGCAUUACCUCUCGUGUGAGAGUUCGAAGAGGCCCAUAGAGUUGAAAUAUGUUUACCACGUUGCUCGCGAUCAGUGACAUCAUCGAGGUCUCGCAGGAUGCCUGAAGCGGUGCGGGCUUCAGGCAACCACAAAAUUUGAAUCAGCGAAGAGGACAACACACCUUCACCAAGGCUACCUACAAGUCGACUGGUCUUAUGCUCUAUAAGAACUCAUAGCGCAUUAGUUCACUGGCUGGCAUACCUGCCUACCUGCUCAUAUCAAAGCAUGCGCCUACUGACAAUUAUUUCCCUUCUAGCAGUUAUCCUGGAAUACCCGGUCAGCGCACGCUGGACACUGAACAGUUCAUGUCCGACCGAUAUCAAGGUCACAGUUCCGAAUGGUAGAUCGGACUUUGGCUCCAUGGCCUCAGUGCAUAAGGCGCUUUCCAACUGUCCGAACAUCACGUCACUCGAUCUGAAAGUCACAUUACUCGGUUGCAGCAGCUGGCCUGACCGCUGGAACUUCCCAUUCAAUUACAAUGGGGGAGAUACAUACCCAACUCUGAAAGUCUUGAAGCUCGAUGGCUACGACUUCAGCAGUGCGGAGGAUACUCGCCCACCAUGGCAAAUGCCGCUUCAUGGGCAGAACAACGGUGAGAAAUUCGUCUUUGGCCUGUUCGAUUGGCUCAGGCGAGGAUAUUGGAAGCCAUGGGCACGAGCGCAGAUCUAUGGAUAUCCACCACUGGCACCACCGAAGUCGAAUCUGGAUCUCUGGCUUGGUGCGAUGAACUGGUCUGCGAUCGAAGAACUCUCCAUCGACGGAUGUAGACGCGCCGAUGAGGCAGUCGAGAAACUGCCAUCGCUUCUGCACUCGCUGCGUAAGCUCCACUCCACGAACGUGUCGUUUAUUGAAGCGCUGCCAAACACCACGCUUGAACACCUGACCUGGAUCGGUCCACACAGGCACAGCGACCUUGCCACCGUCCUCGAGCGUCAGGGGGAAGAACUACAGGGCCUGGAGUUCAGAUGUGAUGAGAUGGGCUGUCCGAUGAUGCGGAACAAGUUCAAUAUAUCCAUCCUUCCAAAAACGGCACCGAAUCUCAGACAUCUCUCCAUUAACCUCCCGCGCAACGGAUCGUGGCCACUCGACUCCCUCGAAACAAUAGCCUCGCUGCCCCACCUCCGCACGCUCGAGAUCUACUCUAACCUCCAAUCGGAUUGCCAACGACGAAAGCCCGAUCUUUACAGCCGAGCAGGACACGAAUGGACAGCGAAGCACGGCAGCACAUACUGCACUGGCGAAGACCAGUUCCAGAAACCUCUACUCAGCGAGAACAGCGCUGAGGAGAUGCACAGCUUUCUGAAGCAGAAGAACGUUGGGGGCCGGCUUCAAAACGUGACGUUUCGCGUGGGUGAUUGGACCCCGCCGUGGGAUGGACCUGUCUACUCACCGCCAUGGAUGGAGCACAGACAAGUGGAGAUUGCAUGUUCGGAGAGCGGGAAGGUCAAGGGAGAGAAGCGAUGUGAGAUGCUUCUGUCGCAAGGGUACUGGCCUCCAGAGUCAAACCGUGAAGGCGGGUUAAGUUGGCUGUUUGAGGACGAAUUGGAGGGAAUUAUUUCUGGGUACUAGGGUCCGGAGUAGUGAUGCUUUGUCGAAUCUGAUUUUGUAUUCUGUUUUGAUAGGGUGAUUCUAUUUCCUGAUUGUAUCCUACAAGCACGUACUUCGCAGCAAAGCUUCAGUCC